GCACAUGCGCGCGCAUUAUUUACCGGUUGAGUUGCAAUCAAUGCGACGUGGGAAGGUAUAUCGUUGUGUGAUUUCGUGGCUGUGUCAACAAACCAUCAGCACAACACCCCUCCCAAAAGUUUGGGGAUCUCUUCCUUUAAUUGCACGUCCACUCGCGAGCAAAGCCAUGUCGUACAAAUGCGUGGAACGAGGUCGUCUUAAUACGACCGACUAUCGAGUGUUCAUCACUGAUAAAGACUGGAAAGCGAUUUCACCAUUCCAUGAUAUACCACUUUACUCGAACGCAGAGACUAAAGAAUGCAACAUGGUUGUGGAAAUCCCACGCUGGACCAAUCACAAAAUGGAGAUUUGUAAGGAAGAAGUGCUGAACCCAAUUAAGCAAGACGUGAAAAGUGGGGCAGUUAGAUUUGUGAAGAACUGCUUUCCCCAUCAUGGUUACAUAUGGAACUAUGGAGCUCUUCCACAGACCUGGGAGGAUGUGGGCCAUACCGAGCCUACAACAGGGACCAGGGGAGAUAAUGACCCGCUCGAUGUCUGUGAGAUUGGGCAAGUGGUUCACAAGCGGGGUUCUGUGAUCCAGGUCAAGAUUCUAGGAGUGAUGUGCCUAGUAGAUGAAGGAGAGACUGACUGGAAGGUCAUUUGUAUCGAUGUCAAUGACCCACUAGCACCAGAGUUGAACGAUAUUGAUGAUGUAGAAAAGCAUAUGCCAGGCUUUAUUAAGGCUACAAGAGAAUGGUUCACUGUCUACAAAAUUCCUGAUGGAAAACCUGCAAACAAGUUUGCCUACAAUGGGGAAGCCAAAAACAGAGAGUUUGCCCUGAAGGUCAUUGAGGAGACCAACCAUCAGUGGCAGAGACUGGUUGGAUCAGGGGAGGCAAUUAGAGGUGAAAUAUCAUGCAAGAAUGUAACUGUUGAGGACAGUCCAUACCACAUUGACUCUAGUGAGACCAAAAUCAUUGUUGAGCAGGCUGCACCUGCAGGAGCUCCGGAGGCCUUGCCCAGUUCUGUUGACAAGUGGUACUACAUUCCCCCCUCUGCUCUAUGAAUGUCCACCAGUUCAACGGACCAACAGCCAUUCCUAACUGGAAAGAUCCGCUCACCACUAACAACAGCAAAUGAAGUUAGAAACAAAUACAUAAACAUUUGAUACAUAAACACUAAGCCUAGAAUUGUUAGCAGAAGUGAAACAUGUAUUAAUAUCAUCUAGUCUUCUGUUUCUCUUUUGAAACAAUUAACUUAUUUCAAAUACAACAUUGCAUACUUCACACAACAAAAUACUUUUGAUAAUUCAAACUGAAUCAGAAGUGCCAAAAUAAUGAAUUGAACUGCAUACAACCUUGUUAAAUGUAACUUAUUUACUUUUGAUAUAGGAGAAAAUGAUCAACCUUUUAGAUAAUGGAUAUAUUCUAAAAUCUGUAUUUAAAAUAAUUUUCUAUUUGCUUUCAUUUAUGUAUUACAUGUAUUUAAGUAAAUAAUUGAUUAGUUAGUUAGAUGUAAUCAUGAAAAUGUUUUGAUUUUUUACUUGUUAAGCCAAAAUGUAUUCAGAGUUAUGGACUUUUAAACUACAACGCCUAAUUCUCAAAACAAAUUAUAUUUUUGACGAUUGACUCUAAAAAUUUGUUUAACGUCAAGUUUUAGGAGGAUAUUUAGUCAGCUUGUGUUCCAUGCAUGUUUGUGUUUAAAUUGUGCCUGUAAAUGGUAAAUGUGAAUGUGAGAAUCAACAUAUAAUUUCUAAUGUGAUUGCUUAUUCCAUGCUCAAUUGAAUUUACAUUAUGUUUUAUAUGUUUGAAAAUUAGUAUUUUUUUAUUUUGUUAAUUCCUGGAAGACAGUGUAUUUCCUUACUUACCAAUAUUGCUCAUGAGAUGCAGCUAGUUUUGUUUCUUUAAAAAAAAUCUGCUAGAGAUUGCUUUAUCCUGUAUGUAGACUUGUGUUGCAUCAUUGAAUCUGUUAAUUAGCACAGUAAUUUGUUAAGUUAAUAAAAAGGGCAUUUUUAGAUAUACAGUUGGAUUAGACCUUGUCAAGUAUCAGUAUUUGUUCCGUCCCUUUAUUGAGUACACACUUGAUUAAAUCUAUUUUUUGCAUAAACCUUUAUGUGCUGCAAACAAUCACUUAGAUACAAAUUGUUUAUUAUAAGUAAAUGAAAUUAUGACGGUUUUAAGAACACAGAGGUUGUGGGUUGUGCAUUGGUUCUAUUCUUAGUAUAAUUUAUAUAAGUAACAAGUUUAGCACCUUAAAAAUGUAUAAGUAUUGUGAUUAUAUUGUCAUAAUCUACAAGUAUAUUUACUUACUACAGCAAAUAAACAAAUAAACUCAA